AUGCCCACCUGCAACACCACCCUCGAAGACUCCAUCAUCGCCGAAGCCCCCCUCUGGAAAGGCUUCACCUUCCACCACUUCGGCCUCUUCCUCGCCGCCAUCUUCGGCCUCAUCUCCGUCGUCGUCUCCCUCUGGCUCAUCUACAUGCACGCAACCCACUACCUGCGCCCCAACGAGCAGAAGAACAUCAUCCGGAUCCUGUUCAUGAUUCCGGUGUACAGUGUGGUCAGUUUUCUGAGCUACCUGUUUUACAAACAUGCGGUGUAUUAUGAGGUGUUGCGGGAUUGUUAUGAGGCUUUUGCGAUAAGCAGUUUCUUCACGUUGCUGUGCUUUUAUAUUGCACCGGAUUUGCAUGAGCAGAAGGAAUACUUUAGAGGGAUCAGGCCACAGAAUUGGUUUUUGGGGGUGUUCUGGAUGCAGAAGUGUACGGGUGGAGAGGAUCGGGGGCCGUUGAGGAAGCCCAGGAGCGGCUUGACGUGGUUCAAUGUCAUCUGGGCAGGCAUUUUCCAGUACUGCUUUGUGAGGGUCUUCUUCACCAUUGUUUCCGUCAUCAGCCAGGCUUUCGGACGAUACUGCAGCGUGUCGCUGAGUCCGGCUUUUGCGCAUAUCUGGGUGCUGGCAUUCGAGUGCAUCUCAGUGACGGUGGCUAUGUUCAUGGUCAUUCAGUUUUACAUCCAGCUCAAGAAUGACUUGUCAGGGCACAAGCUAACCUUGAAGGUGCUGAGCAUCAAGCUGGUCAUCUUUUUCUCUUUCUGGCAGACUUUUGUUAUCUCCCUGCUAUCAUCAGCGAAGGGCCCUCUGCAACCGACUAAGCACUUGGCUUACCAAGACAUCAAAAUCGGCAUUCCAUCAGUAAUGCUCUGCAUCGAAAUGGCUGGCUUCUCCGUCAUGCACAUCUUCGCCUAUCCCUGGAAACCUUACAGCAUCAAACACGUGAAGAACCCCAUCAUGGCACCUGAAAUGGGCUCAAUCCACGGCGACACCCCACGAUACAAGGGAGGCUUCAUGGGCGUCAAAGCCAUCGCCGAUGCCUUCAACCCUUGGGAUAUUGUCAAGUCGAUAGCCCGAGGCUUCAGGUGGAUGUUCGUGGGUGUGAGACAGAGACACAACGAUACCAGUUACCACCCUGCUAAGGUCAGUGUGGAUAACACGGCGUAUAUGGGUCCUGCAUAUGCUGCUACGGGCGAUGCUGCGACUGAAUUGCGGCCGAGCUAUGAGAAUCGGCCUGCUAGAGGUAGAGCUGGGACUGUGAGAGCAGACGCGCCGUAUGACGACCAAGCUGGACUUCUCGGGUACUCGCAGGCUCCUGGACGGGCUGUCGAUUCGAGUCCGUACCGCCAUCAAGGUCCGGACGAUUAUGUAUCGGGGGAUUUGGGGACUCCAGCACAACCUGUCCGCGCACAGCACCGACAGGACGAUAGUCUAAACCUUGACAUCAAGCCGAGCGACUGGGACGAUGAAGAUACGGGUUAUCACCCUGGUAUGGCGCCUGCUCCGGGGAUAUCGACAGGUCCGAGUGGGAAAUUGCACCCUACGAGCAGGGGACACAGCCCUCAGCCGCCCGGGUGGAAUCAUUGGGGUGGUGUGGGCUCGGACGCGUUGGGACGGCCGCCGACGUAUAGGAGCAAUGGUUCGAGGAGUUGA